AUGCUGUUGACGUGGUUGCUUCACUCGUCCACAGCCUUCACCUUGGCGCGGGCGCCGGUGCUCAACGGUCACCCGCUGGCGCCCGCCACACGCGCGCGCCAUCACGCCGUGGUCGCUCGCGAAAUCGCGUUCGUCGCGCAGUCAGAGGCACGGUGCGAGCCCUUUGCGGCGACACGCGCUCGGCCGCUUGGCGACUGGUUUGCUCAGGAGGACGCGCUGCGAAUCCUCAUGUCCCAGGCCGAGUCCUGCCGUCGGCUGGACGAGGACGCGCCGCCGGGCAGCGAGACGCAGCGGUGGGAGGUGGUCACGCCGAUCGAAUUCCCAGGCAUGAAGGGGCGGUGCAACCGGCGCGAGUGCAUGUUCCGCCACGACGACAGCGGCCAAAUCGAGGAGUGCCGCGAGUUCAUGAACGGUCGCUGCUCGCGCGGCGACGCGUGCCGCUUCAAGCACGUGGCCAUGGACAACACCGAGGACUGA